AUGGGAGUGGUUGACAGAAAGGCUCCUUUCUUUACCGUCAUCAUGCCAUCCUCCUUCCAUUCCCCAAACCUCCCACCAACCCCGUCACACCCGCAUCUCUCCCAGCCUAGCCGCAUUGCCGCCCUCUUCGCGCUAGUCGCUCUCGCCUCUCUCCUCACCUGCAUCUUCCUCUCCCUCCCACCCGCGGCCCCUCCGCCGCUCCCCCUCGUCCCCCUCACCGCCAUCGCCGCUGCCGCCCACCCACAUGCCGCCGUGACUGCCGCAGGAGGGAGAGGGGGAACAGGACGGCGGUUGCAGGGGCUGCGCGCGCCCCGUGACAUCAAGCGCAAGUGGAAUGGCGGAAGCUUCCUCGAGUUCUCUGCGGACGAGAGUGCGCGCAUUAACGGACUGGGGGGAAGUGGGAGUGCGCGAGAUGCGCGGGCGCAAAGGAAGUCGGGGGAAAAGGGAACGGAAAACACGGGGAACAGCAGAUGGGCAGGCGUAAGCAGGCGGGGCGGAGGGAUGGUGUGGCGGGUGGGAUGGUGGGGAGGUGGGGGUGGAUCCCACGGAAGCAAGUCCGACGCCGUUGGAGCGAGCGACGAGCGCGCACAUGGCGGCGUGGCGGAGAGCGCGAGGGCGCUGGCAGUGACGGCGAGGGGCGGGCGCGGCGGGCUGCACAGCGAGGGCGGGAAGAGCCGUGGGGCGCGGGAGGCCACGGGGGGAGCGCAGGACGCGGUGGCGCCAGGGGGUGUGGCGCAGCAAGUGGAGGGGCGCGGAGGAGGGGGGGAAGGGGAGGCGACGGGGAUGCGUGCGGUGGGGCGGCUGGCGGACAUGGAGGUGCUGCCGCUGGGGCGGGGAAUGGGGGGACGACGACAGGCAGUGGCAGGGGGAGAUGAGGGGGGGGGUGCGUGUGAGCGGAUGGCAGGGAGGGCAGGGAGGGCAGUGCAGAGGGUGGGCAGACGCGGGGCGCUGGUACCUGAGGAGGGCCGCGGGCCCGCCAACGCCACCGCGCCUGAGUUGGAUGCGCGCCUGCAGUCCGUGGGGCUACAGUACACGCUUGCCCUCGUGCCGCGCAACGUCUCACAUGCCCACGCCCUCAGGUACGCUCCUCUGUACCGCGCAGCACCGCAGGGCGCGGGGCGAGCAGGGGCGGGGAGGCAGGACGUGCGGUACAGUGCGGCGCACGCGGAGGUGUGGGCGCGCGUGGUGGCGGCGCGGAUGCCGUUCGCCCUGGUGCUGGAGGAGGACGCCCUCAACCGCAGCGAGGGCGUUGCCGCCUGGCAGGCGCGCUUCCACAUGGUGACCUGGGGGGAAGGGAAGGGGUGCAGUGGGCCACGGGAUGCGCUUCCUGCUGCCUUGCUCAACCUGAUGCAUCGCCUGCAGCGCGUGCUGCCACUGCUGCAGCAGCACGGCUUCGGGGACGUGGUGGUGGCACACGGCGUGGACAAGGGCAGGGGGCACGGCGCGGGGGGAGGGGCGCAGGGCCGGGGGGAGGAGGCGGAGGCAGAGGCGGAGGGGAACCUGGGCGUGUUUGGGGGGCUGGUGGGGGCGGGGGCGGUGUCGGUGACGCGGCGCUCCAUCAAGUGGCACAAGCUGGCCGAGCGACGCCGCGAGCGGCUCACGAGGGGGGAGGUGGCGUGCGCUCUCUCGCACUACCUCGUGUGGCUCGAGGUGCUGCGCAGGAAGCUUCCCUACGCCAUCAUACUGGAGGAUGACGUCACCUUCACUACAAGCACUUUCCGGGCCGACUUUGAACGGAACAUUGCCGAGGCCAAUGAGCUGUUGACACGUCAGCACAGCCCGGAGUCACCACCAGAUAUCCUGUUUGUGGGGCACAUGGGGGUGCUGGCAGGGCACUUCAUGCCGCUGCUGUCCCCUCACAUCGCAUGGGACCCCCUCUCCUGGUGCUCCUUCGCCUACAUCAUCUCCCACCGCGGUGCAGAGCGCCUGGUGGCGGGCUUUAAGGUCGACGACCCACUUGACUCCCUCUGGUGGCGCCGCCCUAACCUCGCCUUCUGGGCCUUCCAACCCCCCCUCGCCUUCCACCUCUCCUCCCCCCGCCUCAACUCCUCCGUACCACUCUCUCCCCCAUCCCCCCCCACACCUCCUCCUCCGUCUCAUCCACCUCAUCCUGCCUCAACGCACCGCACGGCACACAGCGGCAGCAGCAAGGAGGGGGAGAGCAGCAACAGGGCAGAGGUGGCAGGCAGCAGCAGGGCAGGGGAGGACAUGCCUCUGCCAGUGCCCUUGUACCCCAGCGAGGUGCAGCAGGGGGGUGGCCAGUGGAUGUGA